AAACCGGAAGCUGGCGGGCGGUUCACGGAAGAGAAGCUCGAAGUGGCGUCUCUAGGAAGAGUGGAUAUAUUUCAAAUAUAUAACAUAAACCAGGGAUAUUGUGUGCAUCGGCCGGGAGAUAGGGAGACGCUGGAGAAGAGGCACGCGAGAUGUCUGCUCAAGCUCAAAUGAGAGCUCUGCUCGACCAGCUCAUGGGAACAGCGAGGGACGGCGAUGAGACGCGGCAGCGCGUCAAGUUCACGGACGAGCGAGUCUGCAAAAGCCACCUGUUGAACUGCUGCCCUCAUGACAUCCUGUCUGGAACGCGCAUGGACCUGGGGGAAUGCUCCAAGAUCCACGACCUGGCUCUGAGGGCCGACUACGAGAUCGCCUCCAAGGAUCGGGACCUGUUCUUUGAGCUGGACGCGGUGGACCACCUGGAGUCUUUCAUCGCAGACUGCGACCGCCGGACGGAGCUGGCCAAGAAGCGUCUGGCGGAGACGCAGGAGGAGAUCAGCGCUGAGGUGGCGGCCAAGGCGGAGAAGGUCCACGAGCUGAACGAGGAGAUCGGCAAGCUUCUGGCCAAGGCGGAGCAGCUGGGCGCCGAGGGCAACGUGGACGAGGCCCAGAAGGUCCUGCAGGAGGUGGAGAAGGUCCGCACCACCAAGAAGGACGCCGAGGAGGAUUACAGGAACUCCAUGCCCGCCUCCAGCUUCCAGCAGCAGAAGCUGAGGGGUGGCGAGGUCUGCUCUGCCUAUCUGGGUCUCCAUGACAACGACCCGCCUAUGCUCUGCUCCGAUCACUUUGGCGGGAAGCUGCACCUGGGCUUCAUCCAGAUCCGAGAGAAGCUGGACCAGCUGAAGAAAACGGUGGUGGAGAAGCAGGAAGUGAGGAACCAGGAGAGGCUGAAGAGGAGAGAGGAGCGAGAGAAGGAGGACAAGGUGAAGAAGAGAACCAGAUCAAAGAGCAAAGAGCAUAAAAGGUCCCGCUCCCGCGAGCGCCGUGCUAGGAGGCGGUCGCGAUCCCCCAUCCCGCGAGAAGAAACGUUUCGCGUCCCGCGAGAAGAAACGUUCUGUGUCCGCGAGAAGAAACGUUCUGCGUCCCGUGAGAAGAAACGUUCUGCGUCCCGUGAGAAGAAACGUUCUCCGUCCAGGGACCGCGAGAAGAAACGUUCUGCAUCCCGGGACCGCGAGAGACGGCGGCGCCACCGCAGCCGGUCCCGUAGCCGCAGCCGCAGCCACCGCCACGAGCAGAGCUCCAGACACAGGUAG